UUGGGUUGGGUUCCCCCUUGAGGAGCCGCUGGACCUUGACGCUGGUGGAGGGGGCUCAGACGGCCGUCCAGCCUUGAGCACAAAAGCGCAAGGAUGGACGUCUGUCUGCUAAGGACGGCUCGGGCGCUUCACUGAGGCGUCUCCAAAACAUGCUUCCCUAAAUUCUUCCCUACUUACCCUCUAAGGUAAUCCUUCUCCCACGGUCCGCUGCCUGGCAGCAACCACUUCUCCCCUCCGACGCUAUUAGGAAACGAGGGCUAGGAGGUUCCUUCAUCUUCCCCAUCCUUCCACACCUAAAAAGGGAAAAAAAAAAAAAAAAAAAAAAAAAAAAAAAAAAAAAAAAAAAAAAAAAAAAAUUGGACCUAUCCUAUAAUGACCCGGCUGGAAAUGGAAAAAAAAAAAAAACAAACAAAAAUAUGACAGAUACAAACAAAGGAAUCCAAGUUACGGAGCAGGGGGUCGGAUCCCCAGUUCCGGUCGGUGAUGGGGGUGCUAGGGCGGGCCCUCCCCGACCGUCAGCCAAUAACCGUCAAGUAUCAGGGGUAGGAGACCAGGCUCGGAUACUUAGCAAAGAUACUGGAAUAAACACAGACAAAGGACAGACAGCAGAAAUGAAAAAUAAAUUUCUGACAGCUGUAUUCUUGCAAAGAAGAAACUCAAUUAGUGAAGGCUGUGAGCAGGCAAAAAGAAAGAGGCUAGAGCUCUCAAUGGAAGAAGAAAAAAGCCCAUACAAACAAAGGGAAAGCCCGGAGGCAUUUGUAGUGAAUGAUGCACUAGAAGCAAUUACACAAAUCUCCAAGAAAAUGGAAAACUACAUUGAACAAAACACAAAAAAAGAAAUAAAAGAAUUAACGAUCAAACUAAAACGUCAGGUAGCUGUACUACAAGGAGCCGCAGUCCAGAAAUGGCUACAGGCACAUAGGUACAGCAAACCAGAAGUUUUGAUAUUAGACGCAGACACACAAACAAAUACACAAGACCUAGGGGGAGGAACACAAACAAGAAACAUAGGCACACAAACAGGAGCGUGGAUGACGGGAAAGGAGAAUAUACUUACCCAAAUGCCGGAAGAAAGGAACUUAAACUCAUGGAGGCAAUACAAAAAUUUAAAAUGGUCAAAUAAAUGCUACAACAGAACAGAAACUAAGAUAGGAAACCCGCUAGACACAAAAGACACCACGGUAAAAGUAGUGCUUGUGGAAAAUGAUGAUAUUCCUAUGGACAAAUACAUACAGAGACUAUACAGAAACCGAUUCCCCGAACUACGUGAAAUCGGGGAAGAAUAUGAAGUGGUAAAGCGAAUCACGAAGGUGAAGUACACAAACCGGGUGGACACAUCAUGCCAGAAAAUUGUAAAAAUAUCACUAAAGGGCACUGAAGAGGACCUUUUCGAAAAACUUAUCAGGCUUAAAGAGGAUACCGCAGACGAUGAACACGUAGCUCUACAUCAUAUCAAGAAAUGUAACCUGGAGACUCUCAGAAAAAUGUGUGAAAUGAUUUUCUACGAUACGGAUACAAAUCUGACGAUAUACACGACAAGCGCAAAUGUAAAAGAGGCUGAAAUAACUAAAAAUAAAGAGCGCUCAACGUGCGCGCUAAUAAUUGAAGAUAAAGAAGACAUAAAGACAUUGGUGACGGGUAUUAAAACAAAUUUAAUAAAUACAGCUGCAAGCAAAUCAAUAAAAUCCCUACGAACUACAAAGGAAGGGAAACUAAUAAUCGUUACUGAACAAAAUAAGGAGGCAGUGAAAUACAUCAAAGAAGCCGUAAAUAAAAAGUUUACAAAUGCUAAAAUUCGUGUUAGUGGAGUGAGGGAGACAAACUUAAAUGAGACCUUUCACGUAAGAGGCAUGGAGAUUACCACAACGAAAAACGAGAUUAGGACAGCAAUAGAGGGAAAAGUUGGGGAUCUAAAUGAAGACGAAAUAAAAAUAAGCGAUUUCAGGCCAAAUCGUGAUAACACCCUUGCAGCAACUAUUAACAUAAGUAAGGAGAAGGCGUCAAUACUAGCACAGCAUCGAUACAUAAGAAUAAGCAUGGCGAACUGCAAUAUAGAAAAAAGGCUGCAAGUUACAAAAUGCUCGAAGUGCUGGUCCUACGAACAUCACGUGAGGGACUGCGAUGGGCCAAACAGGAGUAACUUGUGUUACAGGUGUGGAGAAGAAGGUCAUCAGUCAGGAGCAUGCGUUAAGGAUGAAUUUUGUCCCCUGUGCGAUACAAAGGGACACAAGUAUGGAACAGGGAAAUGUACAGCCUUCAAAAGGGCCCUCGCUACCAUAAGAAGAUCAUCAUACGCUAAGAACCAAAGAAUACACAGCAGUGAGAAUGAAAAGACUCGGAUAAACGACUAUGAUAAUUCCACGAUACAUGACAGUAAUCAAACCGAUAAUACUGUUAAAAACACCUGUGAUAGAACAACCGACUGUGAUAGAACCUGCAAUAACCCGGGGACUAGCGACUGUGAUACUAGUCUUUCGGACCUACCUGUGAUAUAAACUCUAGAACCUAAAAAACUUUAAAACUUUAGAACUUACCUAUAUAAAACUUUUACUUAUUUGAACCUACCUGUAAUAUUUAAAGAAACUUACCUGCGAUAAAUCUCUAAAACUUUCCUGUGAAAACGUAUACCUACUUCCUAGUAGAAAACUUACCUGUGCGAUAUAACUUCUGUUUGGUGCUAGAAAACAUACCUGUGAAAAAUUUCUGCCAAUACUAAGAAAUGUCCCCACUACAAAUCAAAAUACUACAAGCAAAUACGCAAAGAAAAGUUGUUGCAGAGAAUCUGGCAGAAGCGAUAGCUCAAAGAUUGGACUGCGACAUGUUAUGUAUACAGGAACCGAACAAGAAGAAAUCAAAAAUAAGUGGACCUUAUACCUACAAAUCAAAUGAACCCGAUAUAAAUACGCUGAUAAGAAUCACAAAAACAAGCAGAAACCAAACGCUUAUUUCAAGGAUGGAGAGUUUUGACAACUUUACCUGCAUCCAGACAGGCAACAAUUUUGUCUACUCUGUAUACAUAUCACCAGCCAGUUCCAUCCAGACCUUCGAAGAAUUCCUUAACACACUCUUUCUUGAUGUAAGGCAAAAGCUGUCCCAAAGAUCAAAGGGAGUCAUUGUGUGUGGAGACUUCAAUUCAAAAAAUACGGCAUGGGGAGGCAACAAAACCGACGCGAGGGGAGAGUUACUACAUACAACAAUAAUGUCCCAAGGUCUAAUUAUCCUAAAUGACGGAAAACUCCCAACUCUGUCCCAUGACCCAUUUGCCUCCUGGACAUUAUGGGAAAAACAUUCGAAACCAUCCUCAAUGAGAGACUAAAGACUCAAAUCGAGAGAAACGGCGGACUAAACCCGAACCAAUUUGGAUUCACAAAAGGAAAAUCCACAGUAGAUCCUAUAAAAAAAAUUAUAGAGCAGGUCAAGAGGGUCCCCAGAGAGAUUGUGAGCCUAAUUUGUAUUGACGUUAAGAACGCGUUCAAUACGGCUAAAUGGGACAUUAUUGUUACAAAAUUAAAAAGACGAGGUAUCGACAAUUAUUUAGUAAACAUGAUUAUAUCCUACUUCGAAAAUCGCAAAAU